AUGGCCCAAGUCCAGUCCUACGGCUCCGUAACCUGGGUCAAGUUGGACAGCACCAAACCGCAUAGGAAACCUAGAGGCCUGUCCCUCGUCAAGCCUGUCUUCACCUUUGGUCGGUGAGUGACCUUGUCUGGUUCCCGGUGGCUUCACUCAACCUAUCAGUGUCGCUCAUGCCGCUCACUUCGUAUUGUUUAGGCUCUCUUCAAAUGACUGUCGUAUGGCCUUUGAGACAUGCUCCAAAGUACACGCCAUAAUUACGGUCGAUACGGACGCGCCCUACGAGGUCAGGGAGUAGCCGGGUGGGAAACAUCGGCCCGGGAACUGACUUUGCCUUGGUGGUCCCGACACGCUCUUACUUGCACAUCCCCAGGCCGUCAUUGGAUGUUCAGGUGUGAACGGUCUUUUUUUGAACGGGAGAUUGAUCAAUAAAGGGUGAAUUGCGCAGAUACGCGGAUAUUAUCCGCCUCGUCGCCUUCGAUCCCUAACCCCUUUCAAUAACCUCCCAGCGAAUCCGCCAACCUCAACGACGGGGACCUGAUCGUCAUUUGCGACCGAACAUUCAAAUGGGGAGCAGCAACCCUCAUCGAGGUCAAGAUAGAUGUCAGUCUUCACAUGCGAACCCUUCACUUUUACCUUAGCACAGCUCACACUCCACUCGAUUAUCCCCUCACAGACCCCUGUCCGACCCAACCUCGCGACGUCUUCCCCACGCCUAUCCCUCGUCUGGCCCUGCGAAGAAGCCACGCCGUCUUCACCCAAGAGAGCCGCUUCUCUCCUCAGCGGACUUCUGUCUCCCUUCCGAUCCUCAGCACCUGCUUCUCCUAUAGUUCAGCAAUCGCUCGCACCUACACCGUUCGAUUUGGUCCACACUGAUUUGGCGCAGUGGGAUGAGAUGGAUGAUGAAGCGGGUGAUUUGGUGACGUGGGAAGAAGAGGAGGAGGAAAUUGAUGAAGACGGGGAAAGCCUAUCGGAAGCUUCUCUCGCUCUCCAAGCCACCCCCUCCCUCGACCAACGAGCACGAUCCCGCCAUUCUCCCAUGUCAGCCGACCGUCGAGUGAACGCCUCCCCAACUGCGCGAAAGGAACGUCGUCUCUCCAUGCGAAUGACGAUCGUGCCCACCGACCAGGCCGAAGAAUGGAUCAAAGAACGUCAACAGAAACUCAAGUUGGCUCAAGCGAAAGCUGAAGCGGAAGAAGAGGAGUGGAGACCUACUUCUCCUACACCUUCGUCUAAUCGCGUCGAUGCACCGACGACGCCUACGAGGAGGUCCUCGAGUACGUCGAGGAGGAUUAGUACUUUGUUGCUUUCUCCUGUCGUGGGAGAGGUAGCGACUACUUCCCUAGUCCCAAGUGACGACGAAGAAGCGAAUGCCUCGGAUUCCGAUUCAUCCUCCGACGAAAUCGCCGAAGCGGACGAGGACGUAUCUCUUUCAUUCCCACUCACCCCCGUCGCUUCCCUAGCGACGAAGGUCCCUCUCCCGGCCACACCGACCGAAUCCUCUACUUCUGUACCUAUGAUCCCUCGACACUUGUUGACGCGUCGUCAUUCGUUAAGGGAAAAAGUCCUCAUUCGUUCGGCGAUCAAGAGUGUUAUCACACCGCCUUUGACGCCUUCUCAAUCGAGUGGCGCUUCUUCCUCGAGCGAGGAGACGAGUUCAGUCGAGUCGACGCCGUCUCAGAACGGAAUGGGCCCGGAUUUGAGUCCCGCAAAGAUGCCGAGGGACUCGUUGGACUUGGUCAGGGGGAGAAAUGGGUCACUGGUGACCCCUAGGCGGGAUAGUGACGACCAGGACGAGGAAGACGACGUCGAGGAUGACGCGAUGGACGUUGAUGAGGCUGAGGCGGAGGUCGGGCUUGCGAGUCAGGUAAGCUCGAUUCCAAGAAAAUGGCGUGGCCGAAGUGGUACUGAUGAGAGUCGAUAUCCUUCUCGCAGUCCAUGAUCACCCACUCUACGCCCGUCCAGAUGACCACGGUUCCGCGCCUGAUCCCCACCUCGGCCGAAGCACGCCAAGCCGCAUUGGUCCCCUUACCCGAAACACCUUCCGGCUCCACCUACUCCUAUACACCUCAAGCAGCUCGACCCAUCUUCAUGCCUGAAUUGCAACAUGCCAAGACGGCCACCCCAACACCAUCUCCCGCUCCUAGCGCCAGUGCCAGCGCCUCUGUUGCCCGCACCCCCGAGUCCACAACAUCUCCCAACAAAUUCUCCGGAUUUGUCUACCACUCUACUCCCACACGAAGCACCCCCAUCUCCUCCGCACCAACAUUCGAAUUCCGCCCGACCUUCACUCCCGAAAUGACCAGUCCCAUCAAUCACCACCGCGUCAUGGCCACCCCCAAAUCUGCCUUACGACCCAUGGUGAUGAGUGGUCGGCGCAAGUCGAUCAAAGGAUUCUUACAAGCCCCACCUUCGACGGUCAAGAGAAGGGUCGUUUUCAACGAGUCGGUUUACGUCAAGGAAAUUGUGGAUAUCCGAGAACCGGGUUUGCAUUGGAGGGCUGAGGAUGCGGAGGAGGAGAUUGUCGCUACGAGCGCGGUUGUAAAGGCCCGUGUGGACCCGACAACGAUCCCUCUCCCUCCUUCCCCAACUUCACCUUCCACACCUCUACCCGCACCAAUCUCAGUUCGCAAAGCCCCAUUGGGUGGUAUGACCCCCUCCGAAUCAAUGAAAGCCGCCCUCGCCCAACUAGCCCCCUCAGGACCCGUCUUCGGGACGCCCAAAACGUUCAGCAUCGGACAAUCGAGACGUUUAGGUGGUUUACCCUCGAGUACGAAAGCGAGUCGAUUGUUCGCUUCGAAUGGGACGCCUAUGAGGAGGGCUCAGAGGGCUGGUAGCACGCCGGGUGUGGGUGGAAGUGCGAUUAAAAUUGGUUCGGCGGUGAAGGUGGGGAGUGCAUCUUUGAUGCCGAUUCUGGGGAGGGAGGAAGAGGGCAAGGUGGCGCCUGCGACGACGACAAGUUCGAGUCUGGCGCUCAAGCAGAGGAUGGAGGAUUCGCGAUCACAUGUCAACAGUUCAUCGUCGAACGGUACUCCCUCCGUUACUGAAACGCCUUAUCGACCUGGAUCGCCCAUCCGGUUCGGCGAACCUCUUACCGCGCCGAAGUCCACCAAACCCAUCCCUUCCACUUCCAAACCUACCCCCGCCCCAACAACAGAAGACGACGACCUUGAAUUCGCUACUCCCACUCGCCCCGCACCAGGUCAUCAACAAGCCCCCUCAUUGGUGAUGGGUGAUCCAAACCCAAAUCAUUCGACGAGUCUCAAGAGGUUAUUCGCUCCUUCCGCUCCUAGCGCUAUUACGCCCAAGAUGAAUGGGUUGAGGAUGAUGUUCAAGACGCCUGCUUCUUCUUCUUUUUCGUCCAUGACCACGAUCGGGGAGGGGACGGGCAAGACGCCGGGUUAUGAGGGCUUGAAGGAGUUGUUGUUGACGCCUGUUCCGGCGACGGAGAAGAGUGUGUCGCCGGCGUUGCAGAAGAACUUCGUGGUCGUGGAAAAAGCACCAGAGGUCAUCGAGGUCGUCCAGGAUGUCGAAGCCGUUGAGGUAGUCGAGCCUCUGAUCGAGGAACCCGUCGUCGAAGCGAUUCAAGAAGCACAGUCAGUGUCACCGCUCGAACAAGCUGGCACUCACUCGAUCGAAACACGGUCGGUCGAAGCUGCUGCCGAGAUCGCAGCGCCCGUAAUGUCCGAUCUCGUCCAAGCCGCAACUCCUGAACCAGCCGUUGUCGUCGAAUCUUCGGAACUGGAAGUUGUUGCUGCUCCUAUCGAAGAACAACAGGAGGACGCUGUCGAAGAACCGACAGCACCAGCCGCAGCACGGAAGAAGGCGACUCGGACCAAACGUGCUCCCGUCGGCGCCGUCGAAGCUGCCGUUGAAGCAGUCGAGGAGAACCCUGUGCUCGAACCUACUGCUGAGGAAGCCGUCGUCGAGAGGCCUGCCCGAGCGAGCCGAGCUAAGAAGGCGAUUUCGACAACAACGAAAAAGGCUACGACUAAACGACAGCUCGCUGUCGCCGCCAUCGUUGAGGAGGAGGCUGAGACUUCGGUCGUGGUGGAGAAGAAGACGAUUCGAGGACGUGGCAAGAAAGCUCUUGAGCCCGAGGUCCAGGUCGAGGUCCUGGCGCCUGUUGAGGAGCUUGCGGUCGUCGAAGAGCCGAAAAUCGAGACGGUCAAGCCUAAGCGUGCAACGGUUUCGAAGAAGAAGGCCGUCUCGGAAGUCGAGGUUGUUGCUGAGGAGAAUCGUAAGUCUCUCUCCAGCCUCGAGCACUGAGUUUUCCGACAACAGCUGACUCGUCCGGUGAGUCUCACAGAACCCGAACCCGUGCCCAAGUCCAAGCCCGCGGCUCGAAAGGGACGAACCACCAGAGCGGCCCCCUUGGUCUUCCAUGAAGAUGAACCCGAACCGACUCCGGAACCCGUCAGCGUCGUCGCCGAGCCCAAAGUGGUUCGAAAAGCGCGCAGUCGUUCGGCGCUGAAGCACACUGAAGCGAUGCCACAACAUCAGCAGGAGGAGGAGCAAGAGCACUUAUCAGUCCCUGUUGUGGCCAAGACUACUCGAGCACGCAAGGCGGCUGUAGUCGUUGAUACGGAGAACGUUGCGCCUGUGGAGACCAAGCCGAAACGACGAACUGCGGCGGUCAAGCCUGUUGAACAGGCCGAGGAGCCGACGACUACGGCAACGAGGACUCGAGCUUUGCGGACAAGGAAGUGA